GCUACUCAGGAUACGAAAAUGUUUGAUUUCGUCGCCACUUCCGGUCGUUUCCUCAUUACCAUUACUACUCUGCGUCAAGGUUGUAAAAACUGCUAAUUUGCAGCUUCGAGCCGCCCCACCUGACGGCUGUUAUUUUGCUUUUUUAAUCGAUGUCGUCGCAGCAUUCGAAUUGGACUGCGAUGUGAGUGACGACUUUAUAUGACUGCGAAAACGGGAAGGGGUUGAAAGAUGAAAUGUAUGUAGGAUGUUGCGUGGUGGUUGAGUUCCGGGUUGGCGAGUUUAACAAAUUCCAUGCAGCAAGACGUCAUGAUGUCUUGUCGUUGGAAGCCUAUGCAUGGCCAGCCAUGUGUAUUCCCAUCUCACCGGAAAUGGCCCAUCUCAGGUCAAGAGAACUCCUAGAAUGUCGGAGCCAUCCUACCCGCUACGAUAUCUAUGCCCGUAUCCCAACGAAACGGCGGGACUGUCCUCAGCCACCGUGCGUGAGGACCCGUUUUUUCCCCAGCUCGUCGAACCUUUGACGGAGGAUUCUGGACUAGACGAGGACCAAGAUCUUCGAAUUCUUGACGGCCAGGAAGUUGUUCCAGAUACGGACGAUGCGUUGGAAACUGAUAAUCAAAACCAGCCAGACGUUCCUCGCCAAUAUACCAGGCUCAGAGGAGCAAGAUGGUAUCUCUAUACCCGCCCUGCGUGUCGGCCACCUCCCGUAGAUGUGCCGGGACUAUCUGAUCCUUCGCAGUUAUAG